UAAAUUGCCGGUCCUUUAAAACAGAAAUUAAAUUAAAUACAGACCCAAAUAGCGAGGCAAACAAAAAACGGUCGGCGAAAGUUAUUCAAAUGAAACCACAGUAACGACAAAUCAGAUAACAAAGGGAGCAGGCACACGCACCGCCACACAGACCAACAAAAAAAACCCACACAGACAAACAGAACCCAUCCCGAGAGCGGUCAACAAUUAGGAAAACCCACAACAAGCCACCAGACAACAGCACCACCCAUCACACACCGCCCACCGCCCACCACCAUCAACAAGUCCACCCAACCAGACGCAUUUCAACCACCGAACUCACGAUGAAUUUAAUGUUUCGCAAGAAUUUCCGCGAGGGGGCCAGCAAAUCGGGCGGCGGCGGGGGAAAGCUGCAAUCGAAGGCGAACAGGACGAAGCGCUCGAGGGAUAUGGGACUCGUCCAGCAGCCGGAGGAGAUCCACUACCGCACCCACCUGUUCUUCUCGCCCAACCGACCCGGCUACGAUGUGGGCGAAGAACGAUGUAGCGCCCUGUCAGGCAUCCCGAGCACCCCACUGUCGAGCACCGCCCCCUCGCUGGCCCUGCCCGGCAAUCUGCCCUACGAGCUGGACAUUCCGCAGCCACUGGUCGACCGACGGCCGUCCGUCUCCCUGAUGCGCUGGAACAGCAACAGCGGACCGGGUACGGAGAGCAGCAACAACAACAGCGCUAGUAACAGUUUGAUCCGCCUGCAGCAGCAGCAGCAACUUCAGCAGCAAUUGCAGCAGCAAAUGCAGCAGCAACAUCUAUUGGCGACAGCAACAGCAACAACAUUGGGGUACGCUGAUGCAACGGUGGCCACGGCAACAACAACAUUGCUAGCGGCCGCAGCUGCAGCCACGCGGCAAGUGAACUUUGGUGGCGGCGCCAACUCGGGAGUCACACGAGCGGAACCCAUCUCACUGGCCACCCUGGAUCGCGACUGCUUCAUCAUUCCCGUGCACAGUGUGGACCGAUUCCUGCCAGCUGGCAUUCCGCUGCCCGCCUUGAAUGCCGAGGGUAAGGCCACAAGUCCUCUGAGCGUGCUAGAGGUCUCCGAUCCCAAGUUGUGCAUCCUGGUGCAUUUGAUGAGUCCCCUGGAGGCCAUAGAUCCGGUGAUGGAGUCGCCACUCUCGCAUCCGCUGCUCAAGCAGCGCUCCAUAGCCGCCGAAUUGGUGACUGAGGUGCAGCAGGCCAACUCGGCAGUUGGCGGAAUGCUGCUGGCCAAUAUGGAGAAGAACUCCGAGUUCCCCUUCAUCUCGUACUACCUGAUCAAUACGCUCCAAACGGAUCCUUCCAGUUUUUAUGCUGGCCUGCGCGUUUCCUCGCUGUCCAAGUUUGAGCCAAAGGCCCUCAAAUACACUGCCGCCCACACUUUGGAUCUGUACAGCGAGGUGGCCGCCAUUUGCCGCCCUCCACUGGUUUUGCCCUCAAACGAGGCCGGCAGCUUCAAGAAAUCGCAGACCGCGGCCACCGGCUACAUUAUUAGCGUGUUCAAGGUUUUCGAGGGCGACGAUGGCGAACGAUUCGAAAAGAAUUGGCUCUACUGGACAGGCGCCCGCAUGCUGUACAGAUACCUGCCACGUGCCGCGGGCCUGAGGCGCAUCGCCCUGCACAAGAGCACCUCGCAGAAGGGCGACAAGAUGUAUCUUCUGGUCUGCGAGUGCGCCGACCUGCUCAAGGACAUCUCGCUGGCCGCCUUCCUGAUUCCAGCACUGCGAGCCCGACUCUGCGGCUACACAGGACUCUAUCGACCAAUUCAGGCCUUCUAGUCGCCGGAACUACGUAUUUUUCUAACUCCUGUAUAUAAUGGACUUAGAGCUAGGACU